CGUUUAUUGUGGAACAAGAUAUGAGAAAUGGCUGGCGAAGCAGAGAUGACCAACUUUGCGAACGAUACAGAUCGUCUUAUUCAGCAUAAUGAGGAACACAGCUGGGAACAACAGGUUAGGACCAACGGAAGCCAUCAGAUCGAAAGUUUAAUUUGCGUACGCUCCUUUUAAGCUUUUCCCUCUAAUUCAACCACUGUAGUUAAACAAUUUGUCUAUUGUUUGUGUAACUUGAUCCUAAUCAGCACGGUUAGAUUCGUUUUCAUUUAGGGUUAACGUAUACGUAAAUGAGCUUAAAUUAGCUAAACACAUAGCCGCACAACAUCAUUUUGAUAGUGAUUUGCCUAGUGAAUACUAGCGUACUGAAUGACUCAGGAAAACAGGAAAAGGGAAUUUUGGCAGUUAGAGCUGAAUUUCUGGAGGCAAAUAAACAGUUGUCGACAUAGGCUACAUUUCGCAUGCUUGUUUGCACAUAACUACCAUGAAAAAGUUCUCGUUAGUAUGUAUGAUUAGUCUUUGCACUCGGUUUGUAGAAUAUAAAAGAGACUUUAUGGCAAAUUAUUAAAUUAAUGCAAAUUAUUAUGCUAAUUUGUAGAAACUAUAGAAAUCAAAUCUUAGCAUUAUUUAUUCAUUUUGCCUUGAGAAGGUGUCAUGAUGAUACCGAAACGUCAGCUUUUAACGUUAAUAUUCGCUUGCUUAUAUUUGUAGAGUAAAUUUAUUGCAAAUUUUGCAUUUAUAUAUACACCCCAUAAUGUUUAAUAACUUUUCAGCAAUUCUAACUGGCAAAGGACAGGUACACGUAAGAUGUAUUAUGUAGCUAAAAGUUUCCCCUACAGAGCUUGUUCAACACUAGAAUGAGCUCAAUAUUUUUAGCAGUAAACAUCUUUGAAUGUGAUUUUCAAUGGUCAUUGUGCCGUUUUCAAAAUACAGUUGAACCUCCUGUAAGUGACUACCCAAAAUGCAAAGACCUACCUGGGCUACAUGUAGUGGUAGCUCACACGAGACGUUCCUUUACAAAAAUCAAACCACAUGAGGUCUCUUGCCAGGUUGCAAACACAGCUGUCGUUCUUCCCUCCUUGCCUCUGAGGAUGUUUUAUGGGAGAGAUGUCUGCACCUCGAGGAGAGUAAUGCCAUACUGAUGACACAUACAUCGUCUGUAGAUUGGCUCAUUUCUCAAGCACAUUGUUGAAAGAGCAAAUGCUUACCUCUGUUAAAAACGCUAACAAUGCUGGUCAGAUCAAUGCAAAACUGAUAGAUUUUAGCAAAAUUUGCCCAAAACAUUCCAUCGCAACGAGCUGUUUUUUACGGAUUGUUUCUCGGCAAAGUUUGCCCUGAAAUGUCCGGCAAGAUCAGCCGAUUUUUCUGCCAAUUAACAAAAAGCCGAAAAUCCCGUAAAAUUUGACUUUUUUCUGUGACCUAUUAGAAGCCCUGCAUAAAUGCCAUGGGUGGAUUUAAGGGCCGGGGUCAGCCAAGUGGACUGGGCCAUGCCUUUUUCUGUGAAAUUUAGUAGUAUUUUUAAAGAAUUCUCAGUAUAAUAAAUAAUAAAUAAUAAUAAUUUAUAAAGCGCUAUUCAGCUACUCUUUCAUAGGGCUUUACAAUGAUUAUGUUAACAUAGAACCUAAAAGCUAAGAAUUAAAAUAAAAUACCAAGGUAAAUUAGUUACAAAGCUUAAAAAUAAUUAUGUAUACAUUUUACAAGAAAUGAAAGUUAAAAAUCUAAAAUCUAAAAAUACUACGAUACAAUUACAGAUAAUGAAAGAAAUAAAAAGUGUGUAAUAAAAAAUUAAUAGAAGUUAAAAACCGUAGGCUUCUUUAAAAAGAUAAGUCUUUAAAUGUCUUUUAAAAAUAGCAAUUGAUGGAGAUUUACAAAUGCUAAGAGGCAAGUUAUGCUAUUGCCUUGGCGCAGCAAUGCUGAAUGCCCAAUCUCCAUAAGUCUUUAGUUUAGCCAGUGACACAGUAAGCAGUUCUUGCCCACUGGAGCGCAAGGACCGAGAGCACCUAUGAUGGCUCAGGAGACUAGAAAUAUAAGAGAGUGCUUUGCCAUUGAUUGCUUUAUAGACUAAUAACAGGAGCUUAAAAAAAAUAUGUGAAUGUACAGGGAGCCAGUGUAGCUUGAACAUUAUUGGGGUAAUCGAAUCAUACUUCCUUGUCAAUGUGACAAUGCGAGCUGCCGUAUUCUGAACACGCUGUAAUCUACAAACUAAGUAUUUUGGAAUACCAUAGAAGUGAGUUACAGUAGUCAAGCUCAGAACUACAUGUACAAUAAAAGCAUGGAUGAGAAUUUGAGCAGAUUCCUGGGUGAGAUAUUUGUGAAUAUUUGAUAUAUUCCUGAGAUGAUAAUUUGCCUCACCACAUAAUUAUCUUUUUUACAUGUUGUUCCAUGUAAAAGCAAUUAUCCAUGAUGACUCCUAGGUUAUGUACAGACAACUUAGGAGCAGUGAACUCAUCUCCAAGCCCAAAAUAGAUAAAUAGUAUCUAUAUAUGGCUGGCAAGAAUCUGGCCAUCCCCAUCUGAAUUUUCUGGAUCCAUCCCUGAAUGCACUGAUAUGGUGCUUGGCUUGUUGUCUACAGAUUCCACCAAUAAGCAGUGGGCAUCAUGUGACCAGAAAGCGCAACAGAGCACGAGAGGUCCGUAUGAUCAUACUGGCGUGCAUGAUAUUUGCAACUGCUAUAACAGCAGCUCUGAUCAUUGAUAUCUACACCGGAAGUCAUCAUACAGGUAUCAAACAAUGGCUAACCCUUUUAUUCUUAAGCCAAAAGUAAAGCUGAGUUAUCUCACUGUAAUAAUUAUUACUUUGAAUGCAUGGUCAAGCUUUCAUGUGCGGUCAUGAAUUCAAGUUAAGUCUUAAAAGUGCCCAGUACUUUCUUACUGAUAUUGUUUUGAAAGUUUCCUUGUUUGAUUGGAGCAUUUUGAUGCCAUUUGUAUGGUCUCUAAGAGAAUAGGCAAUGGAAUUAUUUAUUGCUCUGUUUAAUUGUCGUAUGCCAAAUCUUGGGUUUUUAUUGUUUGUUUUUUUUUUUAGGUUUUUAUUGGUUAGUGUUUAUGGUGUCUCUAAAUUUUAAGUGAGAUAUUAUUAGUCUUUUUUGAAUGAAGUGUUAUUUAUACUCUGUUUUCUUAAAAAUUCAACUCUUUUACCUCUUCCUUGUCACCAAAUUGCAAUAAAAUUAUUCGAGUGGCCAUUUUGAUUACUUACUUAUGUGAUUUUUCACAAAAUUUCCUUAUUUUCUGGUGACCAAAUUUUCUCCUGUCUUGCAAUCAUUCUUUGAUUUUAAGUCAGCAAUCAGGUCUACUAUUUUAUUUUCUCUAUAGGUCAUGCAGCUGUUGUAUCAGAUGUAAAAGAAUGUGCUGAUGUUGGGUUGGACUUGAUCAAGAAAGGUGGCUCAGCAGUUGAUGCCGCUAUUGGGAGUAUGUUAUGUGUUGGUGUCAUGAACCCAGAGAGCUCAGGAUUGGGAGGGUAUGUUUUUGCCUUACUUUGAAACCUUCGGGACAUUUGGAUUCAUGAGAAUCAAUCAGAACAUAAAACUUGCAUGUUGCUGAUAUUGGGACUCAGGUCCCACUGUUUAAAUACACAAAAAACAUGUAAAUGCAGUGACUAACAUGCGCGACAUCCAUUACAAAAGAUACAGACGCAUAUACUUGCUACUCACUCUUGCUGUUGCCUGCUCACAAUGUCCAUCCAACUUGUGUUUAGCACGAUUUUAAUAUGCAAUGAAAGGUAGUGCUCAGUUAACUUUUCUAUGUACAAUGGAACUCCGUUAAUACGGUUGCCAAUGGGCCAAAACAUUUGGCCGUAUUAACGGGUGACCGUAUUAACAAGUGUUUUUUACAAGAAAAUGUACGGCCGUUUUGUUGGAUGGCCAAAAAAGUGGCUGUAAUGUGGGGUUUCACUGUAUAGUAUUUAAUCAUGAUAAACAAGUAUAUCAUACAUGAAAUUUAGAAAAAAGAAAGUGGACCACAUUGCCAAUUAAUUGAUGUAUGCACAUCCCUAACUAGCAUAAAUUAAUUGAGGGUUCUUGUCGUGUACAUAUCUGAGCAUUAUAAAAAGCCUGAUACUCAAAAAAAAAAUCAUACUGUACACUGGCAAAAGUAAAAAAUCUUGGUGUAUAGGGUGAUGAACGUGUGAACACAGGCUACCCAACAUAAGUGUGCUAUCUGCAUGGUGAUGUCUGUGUUGUUUUUUAUUUGAAUACAUCCAGCGUGACCUUCUUAUUUGACUACCAUUAGAAGAUAAUGACAAUCAAUUGAUGUGACACUGUGUAUACUCACAUAGUUUGAUUAUAUUUUCUGUCAGUGUGUAACUACAAUAUUGUCUAAAUAUUGUAACUGCAUUAAUUUAUCACUCGCAGUGGUGGUUUUAUGCUGAUUGUAGUUCCUGAACAAAACAGAGAAGUAGCAACAGUGGUUGAUUUCAGAGAGGUUGCACCAAUGGCUGCUUCUAAGAACAUGUUUCAUGGAAAUAAGUCUCUUGCUAGUUGGGUAAGAAAAAAAUGGUUAAUGUUAUUUGUUGGCAUCAACUAUAUUCACGAUUACCUUUAAAGGAGCUUAGAACCAUAAUUAUUAUAAAGCCAAAGGUAACAAAACUACCGGUAAGCCUCUCUUUUAAAAGCAGGCACCACACACUGUACUCUCUGUAGGUUCAGCUAGUGCUUCUCCAUGAGUGUCUUGGGUUUGAAAAAGUUGUCAUCAUAAGUCAUUAGAGCUAUUUUUACUCCAAAACAAGGGAGGCUGUAUCAAUGAAAUUGAAAAAAUAUUUUGUUGUUGUAGUUGUAAAAAGAAGUACCAUUAAACCUUCUUUGUGUGCUUCAUUCUUAUUUUGAUAUAAUUCUAGGGUGGCUUAGCAGUGGCUGUGCCUGGAGAAAUUAGAGGAUAUGAAGCAGCACACAAGAAGUAUGGCAAGUAAGUUGAGAAUCACUCUCAAAGCUGGGGUCACAAGAAGGCAACUUCUGGCAGUGCUAAAAGAGUGUCUGUUAGGCCAGGACUGCAAUACUGCACCAAUGUAUUGGUGACAAGAUUUCUUCCUAUGAUGAUAAUCAAUAUUUCCACGAGAUAUCGAGAUAUUUUGAUCAUGAUACAUCAACAAAUUUACGAAAUCAUAGCUGCCUUUAAUGUACUUUUCUCCAAGCUGUAUGUCCUAUCCCCAAUAUUGAUUGCACAUUUUCUCAGAAACAUGUAGCAUCAUUGAUAACGUUUUGCUGAUUGAUGAUUAUGGUUAAUUUUAUGCUCAGUAGUAAAUUAUUAGUUAAAGGUGUAAUAAUUCUUGACGGCUAUUAUAUACCUCUCAAAGACCUGGUAGAUGCUUUUUCUACUGAGAGGCUUAAAUGGAGAGUAAGGCCUUUAUAUUGUGACAUACAUGAUACCUCUUGCAAUUGCUGCUAGGACCAGCCAUGUCAAGAACACACUCUAUGGUAAUGAAUAAUAAUGAUAAUCAUCAUCAUCAUCAUAAUAAUAAUGAUAAUAAUAAUAAUAAUGGAAUUUAUAUAGCGCUUAUACAUCGCUGUUCUAAGCGCAUCAUCAUCAUCAUCAUAUUAUAAACUUAGAUUAUAGUCUCAACAUUGGAAAUUUUAAGCUCUCCAGUGAAUGAGAAAGAUUUUCAUGUCAUGAUAAACAAAAGUUUUAUAUACAUGAUUGUAUUACAUGUGUACAUGUAGGUUAAAGUGGUCAGAUGUGAUCAAGCCUGCUAUUAAGAUUGCAAAAGAAGGAUUUAGAGUCACUGAACAUACAGGUGAGGCUGAAAAUCUUUGUCCAAUAACAGACAACCACAAGGUUCAGUAGUGUUGAGCUUUUUUGUACCAUUAUUUUUGUCAUGGAUCUUUUCUUUUAAGUAACACCUGCCAUGAUUAUGAUUUGAAUGCUUAAUAAUAGAGAUUUUAUAGUACCUCCGUGAAAGUCUAUAUGGGCUUCAUUCGCUGACAUUAUAACCAAAUUUUCUUGCAUUGAUAGGUUUCCAAUUUCUAUUGUAAUGGAGGGUCUGCUAUUAGAAUGGUUUAAACUGUCUCCUAUCUUAGCUUGCUUGCUCUGACACAUUGAAUAGUUUUUCAAACCUCUCCUUACAUGGACUCUAUUCCUGAAAACUCUCAAAUCCAGAGAGAAAAAAUUGGAAAAGAUAGAAACAGAAGGAAGUGUCUGUGAUAAUUAAGGGUGAGAUAGAUGAAGGCUGGUGGAAUUAAUGCUAAAUGAAUGAAACUGUUGACUUUGCAGAGAGAAGUCUAACAACACUAAAAAUAGAAGAUGUAGCUAGCACACAGCUGGGAAAACUUGUUGCACCACAGGGUGUUUUUUUAAAGGUAAUGUUGUAUUGGUAUACACUAAAAUAAUUAUAUCUUUCUCGGCACCGCAUGCAUUUCUGAACAUAAGUGGAAUAAUUAGGGCUAGGACACAAAGGAAAUUGAGAAUCAACCUAGGUUAAAUAAUUUUAACCUGAAUUUACAUGUACUUUCGAUCCAUAACAUAUAAAAUUAAUUAUAAAUAAUUUGCCUUAUUUAUAUCAAUUUAAAAAGCACGUGAUAAGGUGGUAACUUUAUAAUACAACGAGAUCUAUGUUUUUGGACAUUGAAGGGGUGUGUUUUAAAAAUGACCAUUCUACGAAGAAUGGGUGUCUGCUAUGGAUACAAAAAUACAAGUUAAUGCUUUUUUUAAGUGCAAGAUAAUGCUUUUAUAACCAUUGCUUAGUCCAGGAGAUGUUUUAUUGGUGUUCCAGCUUUUUUUUUUUAAUAUUCUCUUAGGAUGAGUUCCUAUCAUCUGGCCAUUUAAUUCUAUUGAAACCUGUCGAGCACUACUUUAACUAUUUCCUGUUGGUUUUUUAGAAUUUUUUUCAUAAGAUGGGCUUUUUAAGCUUUUAUUAUUGCUAUUUUCAUAUAUGUGGCACCCCUGGGCAUAAAAGGGACGUUAAUCAAAUGUUGAUCACAAAAGUACCACUUGAAAGUACACUCAUGCACAUUAAAAUGUACAUCAUGAUUAUUGAGUCAUUUUGUUUUUGUUGUGAUUUAUUAUUAUUCCUUUUCACAAGUCUUCCCACGAGCUCAAAUAAUAUGAAGUUCAACCCCAACUGUUUCUCCUUAAAAUUUUUAGCAAGGGGAUAAAAUGAGCAAUCCUGCUCUGGCAAAAACACUACAACAAAUAGCAGAUAAAGGUGCUGAUGCAUUGUACAGUGGACGUAUAGCAGACAGUAUAGAAGCUGCAGUAAGUAGUUUCAAAUAAUAUGGUGCAGUCACGUUUAAAGUAAAAAAAGCACCCUGUGCUUUCUUAAAAUCCAUGCAGUCAGUCUCUUUUCCGUCAGGAAUUUCUCUUGAAUUAAUUCCUCUUGGUUAAAAAAAAGCUCACAUAAAACAAACAGGUAAAAGAAGGAUUGGUACGAAGAGACAAGGAAGGGAUUCAUAAGAGGAAAAAGCUCUUAAUGAUUUGUCAAUAGCUGUGAAUAGACCAAUCAGCUUGUUGGUCCAUGGGCUGGCCUCCAUAGCCAUCUUCUCUGUUCUUUUUAGUUGAACUAGAGAAGCAGGGCAAAAAAAUAGGGGUGUAAAGGAGCAGAGCAAAUGAAAAGCAGGGUGAGGGGUGGGGAAGAAAAUGAACCCCAUUUUUCUUUUUCUGUCCUUUCCUGCACUCCUUAUCUUUUUGCUCUUUUACACCCCAUGCUCUCAAGCAUCUCCUACAUGUACACCUCUCCAGCUUGGCUAAAAUGAUAUGGAAAUGACUGCUUUCCAGAUUAUUCGUGGAUUGAGGGAGAUUUUGUCUGUUUCUUCUUUCCAUAAGAUCGUCAAGAUGUUGCACUUUGCGGAAUGGUUGACCAUCUUGGUUUCAAAUGUUCCGCUUCUAGUCGGGGGAUGAGUGUCAAAUUGACACCAGCCCCCUCGGUGCAUAUGAACCCAAGAUGGCUGCCCAUACCGGUAAGUGCUCGACCCUGACCUUCUUGUGAAAACAAAAUAGGGGUCUGUGAACAGUCUAAUUAAUUCAGAGACUCCAGUCAGUCUUUUGUCUCAUCGCAGUUGCUUUUCAAGUAUCGCCUUGUUAUGAUAGCUUUGAAGGGAUGAUUAACAUCCGAUUUUGCUUAUAGAGAGAGAUUUUUUGACACGUCUUUUCUUUUGUGGUGUAAGUGCUGGCUUACAAUAGUCUGAAUAUCAACAUAUUAAUUUUCUUUUUUCUACCCAUUUUUCUUGAAUUCUCUGACAAAUGAUAUUUGCAUACAUGAAGGCCUCUUUCCAUUCUCAAAAUCAUAUUUAGUAUAAAAAGAGUUUAAACAUUGUAAAUAGAAAAAAAAUGUAUAAAGUCUACAGGUUACUUUCAGAGUUCGAACUCAUGAACAAUGAACAUUUUAGCAUUCGUUAAUUUGCAUUUUCAACUUGCUUAGGUCAAAUCUGCAAAUGGAAUACUCACAAAAGAAGAUCUAAAAGAAUACAAACCAAUUUUAAAGGAUGCCAUUAAUGCUUCUUUCUUAGGUAAGUGUUGAAUGCAUUUGGUUAACUGAGUACGUUUAACUGGUUUUUUGAGAAGCUACAUGUAUCUAUUCACCCAGAUAAACCAAAGUGCGUGCCCAAGACAAAUAAAUCGUGUCAGGUUUGAACUGGUUCAGUUUGGGGUAAAAAUAGGCGAUGUCUUUUCUAAUUCUUUUGCUGGGAAAAAGAGGAGAUGCAUCUUUUUUCUACGGUAUUAUUUGGGUUGUUCAGUGUUUUUGAACAACUGCCAUCUUGUAAGGCCAAAUGUGGUGGCAUGCUUGGAUAUUACUUGUGACGAAACUAGUCGUUUCAAUACAAGUCGUUUCGAUUCGAACCCAAGAAGUUCAAUUGCACAAAAAAUUUGACCACUUCAAGUUAAGUUUAGGCGUUAACAAGAAAAACAUUUGCCGUGAAUGUUCUUUGUUCUUUACGCCAAGUAUUUGAAACUAUUUACAUCUGGACUGAAUAAAAACUUUUAUCGAAACGAUCGGCAACCGCUUGUGAACAGGCUCUCCGUUGGGGAAAGAAGGAUAUUUAUCGCGGGGAGAUGGGAAGAGGGGAAGUGGGGGAAUGGCCGGGGCCACCCUUUCCCCUUCAGUCCCUAUUACCUAACUAUAGCCUUUCUCCCUUUUCCCCAACUAAGGAGCCUGGUGCCAGGCUAGCUCGGAGAUAACCAGUGCCUAACUUCUCUUACAAAGCUGGUUCAAUUAAAAGACAUGGUGUUUUUAUUAUCAUGGCAUCGUUUUUGUUGUUUUUAGGUUAUCAGGUGAUUACUACUCCUCUUCCAUCCGGUGGACCCGUAUUGGUAUCGAUGCUGAAUAUACUGGAAGGAUUUAACUUUACUCGAGGAGAUCAAGACAAGAACCUUACCUAUCACUAUAUUGUAGAGGCCAUAAAGUUUGCGUUUGCCGAAAGAUCAUUGCUUGAGGACAGCAAGAACGCUACUAACAUUACCAAGAGAAUAUUAAGGUAAAGGUUACUACCACAAGAAUGGCUAAGUACUGCGCUUUUUCAACUAAGGUUUGCGUUCUUCCCUGGCGUCAAUCAUCUUAGGAAAAUUACGUUUACUUCAACGAAAUUAAAAGGUCGUGGUUAGAGGUUUGUGAUUGGUAGGAGUAUUAAAUGGUAAAUUCGAGACUGCAGGACCCUAGUUUUAAAAUUUCGAGCCCGAGACGGAAGCCCACCAAUAUAUUGCCUUGUUUUACUUUCUUAAUAUACUAACUCAGUUCGAUAAUCUGUAUCGGCAUGAACUCUCGUGAACUCUCAAAAAUUCGACUCCUGAAGACCAAACGGAAAGAAAAAAUGACAAAUCCAAGACUCCGAAACCCGUCGGCAAAAAAUACUGAAAAAAAAAUUCGAGACUCCGAGACGCAAAAAUCACCCGAACACGGGACUUCGAGAUCCAUCAAAAACUUUUCCGAGGUUUCGAGAUUGGGCCAAAAUUGAGACGCACGUUUUUCCGCCGUGUUCUUAAUGCCAGUUGGCGAGAUCGAGUUACCAUCGCCGAACUGUACGGCGACCUUCCAACUUUGUCAGACAGGAUCGGAUUCAGAAGGCUUAGCCUUACUGGCCAUUGCAACCGUCCCCGCGAAUUUCCAGCAAGCCAGCUUGUCCUGUGGCGGCCAACACACGGACACCUAGGACGCGGCCGCCCAGUGUCUUCAUUUAUAGACACUCUGAUGAGGGACGCUCGGGUGGCAUCCACCAGCGAACUCUCAGCCUGCAUGGACAAUAGAGCGGACUGGGCAGCCAGUUGUAUACCCCUAUUGGUGGAUUUCGAUCUGUUUUGUGUUUCUGUUUCAAGACUCGUUAGUUGUGAUCGUAAUUAUGAUUGACACCAGCAAACAAGGCAAUUGCAAGCUGGCUUUUUAAUUUCAAAGUUCGCUUGUUAUUGACUCGAGAGCUGUUCAAAUUUUUACCCAAAUUUUUAGAAGAGAUGACUGUCGGGUUUAUUAUCGCAGAUGACGCUACAUGUAAAUGUCUUCAUGAAUGCAGAAUGGCGUGAAUUGAGCGGAGCCUUAUACCUACAAAGCAAGAAAGAAUAAAAAGUCCACUGACUUGAAGGUUUUGGCGUUUUAUGUACUUGCUUCGAUUUAAACUUGCUGUAAAGUUUAUAAAAUGAAAUCCUAAGUAGGUAGGUGAGUGGGUGGGAGAGAGUAGGACUGUGACUGACGUUUGGACAACCUAUGCGGAAGUCAUCUUUAGGUUCAAAAUGAGUUACUGCUCGUCAUUCUCAACAACUGUCCUAUUCAGGAUAGCCUGCCUCAGGCGUUCCCCCUUCCCCUUCCCCUUUUAACACCUGCCACGCAGGCUAUAUUCAGGACUUCAUUUUACGCGGACUAUCAUAUACCACCCAUUUAUGACAUGGUUUAAACCAUUUAUGAUAAGUGCCAUCUUACAAGCACUUAUGUUCAUUGCCCGUGUUUUGGUUGUUUAGCUGUAAGUUUUAACUCUUCUUUUUCAGCAAAGAGUACGCAAAGUUGCUCCGAUCAAAAAUUUCUGCCAAUAGAACGUAUGGAGAAUCUCAUUAUGGACUUGAUGUUGAUCAAUCCUUACCACAUGGUACAGCGCAUGUGUCAGUUAUAGGCCCUGAUGGGGACAUCGUAAGUCUCACCAGGUGAGGGUGAAUUAGAGUUUAAGCGUCGCACUGUCAGUCCGGGUACAACCCCCCCGUGGGGGGGACUCCCGUAUAAAAGUGACGGGGAUGCUGGUCGUCUCUCUUAGGGGUGUAAAUUGUAGAUUUUGGUCUCAUUUUGGGUGUGUGGAACGGAAAGUCACUAUAUUUGCCAAUUCAGGUAUCGCUUAGGGCUGUGCAAACAGAAAUUUGCAAGACAUGUCGUGGUGCCUGUUUUAGUAUGGUCUGUUUUAGGGGUCAGUUUAAGCUUGAGCCACACCCACAUCGGUCACCCUAAGGGGUUUAAUUCGAAUUUUCCGACGAGCAGCCCCGUCACUUUUAUAUAGGAGUCCCCCUGAGUUACAAACCUUAACAUGGAGUCGUUUUCUUAGUCAGUAAACUUGUCUUGACAGUGUCUCUCCUGUCAUGUAUGUAUGUACGCCCAAACCGAACCAAGUCAAGUGUACUCCCUCCCACCAUUGAUUAUUUGAAAAUUUAAUCUGUUGAACUUUGCAGUUUCCGAUAAGAGGUUCAUUUCUACAUACCUGAUACUAGUACAUGUAUUAGCAACAACAAAACGGCUUAAAUAUUCAAAUAUUCAAUUCAUCAAUCCAAUCUUUUAAUAGGGGUGCGUUUUACCUGGUUUGAUUGCAAAUGUGUACCCGUCGGAAUGUUUGAUACCAACUUGAAUAUCGUGAAUGCGCGCAUUUACAUGCAUGUGUGAUGCCUAAUAGAGGAAAAGGACGUCUUUCAAUACGUUUUCAGUUACUUACUGCUCUUGAAGAUAAACUUGAUAGAUGUGAACCUUUUCACGCGUUGUUGAUAACAAGCGCUUGUUACGAAGAAAAAGCCUAUUUUGUUAAAUUAAACCCAGAUUUAGUUGUAGCGUAAGAGUUAACAGUGAAUGUGAACAACAAAUUAGUAGAGUGAUCACCACGGUUGCCGGUCGUUUCGAUAGAAGUUUAUUCAGUCGAGUUUUAAGUAGUUUUACGUAUUUGGCUUAAAGAACGAAGAAUAUUCACCCAAAAUGGUUUUCUUGUUCUCGCGCAAAAACUUGAAGGGAUCGAAAUUUUGUGCAAUUUCACUGCUUGAGUUCGCAUCGAAACGACCUCCGGGAAAAACAUGCUUAUCUGUUUUCCUGUCGCAUAUUUUUGUCUAGUACAAUCAAUGGCUAUUUUGGUUCUGGCAUUAUGACAGACAGUGGAAUCAUCCUAAACAAUCAAAUGGCAGAUUUUUCCAUACCUGGUGUACAGAAUGUACAAGGCGCUGGACCACCCACGGUAAGAAACCUGUCACUGGCUCGAGUUGCUUCUUGAAACGUUGUCGGCGUUGUUUUGGCACGUUAUGCAGUCUUCCCGUUUGAGGAGGAUUGCGUGACGAAACAAAUGCUUAUAAUUUUAAUGUUUUCGUUUUGCAUAGUGUACAUUUUUGAGUGUUUGUUUAUUGUCUGUUGUAGGCUAAUUUUGUGGUUCCUGGCAGACGUCCUCUGUCUUCAGUGGUACCAACUGCAGUUCUUCAUGAAGAGGUACAGUUUUGAUAAGUUAUGGUUGGCCUGAAAUCGGGUAUGGUUCUCAAGGGAUCCAUGAGGGCGUAUAAACGUAUUUGACUCACACGUACAGUGAGUGUCAAAUGGUACUAAAUAAUAAAAAUUGCGUUAACAAUAUGUUGACUUCUCUUGGACAAGGUAAUGGGUUGGUAAAUCGAGUAGAAAUUUCAGAAGACAUGUCUGAAAACGGUAAAGUUUAUGGAAGUAAAUUUUAGAGGUCAGGAUUGAAAACGCCUGUUGAAAAAGGCACGUUUAAGUCUAAGAAAGAGUGAGGAUUUAGGGCGACAGAACCGGGCGGCACACCCCACCAAGAAUUCUGAAGUGUACCCCUCCGAGCUUCAAGCGCCUGCUGCGCACGUUUAUACUGUUGAUGGAUUCACGGGAAACGCUUUUCCUGAAAUGCUCUAUUUUCAACAGGUUUUGAUGUUCAAGUGAGCACAGCGUCGCCCACAUAGCAAGACAUGCUCAGAAUUUCUAAUUCCCAUUCUGCUCUGUGUUUUAUGUUUCUUCAGAAGCGAUGUUGGCACCGAAUGUCCGUAGGCUGCUCCGGAGGUUUGCAGAUUCCGUCGGCUGUAGCGCAGGUUUUAAUCAAUAAACUUGCGUUUGAAGACUCAUUGAGUCAAUCCAUUGAAAGAGCUAGAGUGUAUUACGGAGUAGACACUGGUCUGACAGAAAUUGAAGGUAUGCUGUCGGUACUUUCAUUAUCACCCUCCUACUCUGCGCACGUUUCGUAGAUAACUAGUUUGAUUUUUGCUAAUUUAAUUUUCCGCAAGAUAAAUAAAUGACUUCUUAGUUAGUCUUUUCCUUUAUUUUUCUUGAUUCUUUUUUACUAAAAGUCUUAUCCUUGGCUUCUCAGUGGUAUGCCCCCCCCCCCNAAUGAGAGAGGUUGUAUUGCAAUUUGCAAGCUAUUUUGGUAUAUUUGAGGCUUUGUUAAUCGCCAGAUAUGAUUUAGUCACAGCUUAGUGACUAUACAACGUGGGCGGAUAAUAUAUAUAAAAAACAAUUUUUAUUCUCGGGUAAUAAGUACAGGGAUGUAUACGAAACAUCUGCCCUUCAAAUUGAAACAUUGAUUAUCACGUAAUUUAUUGGCGUUCGGUAGAAUUGCUAGAAGCACCAUAGGCCAGCAUCAGUCGCAUUCCCUGGCACACAAACUUAUGAGAAGUGGAGCACAAUACUGGCCUGACGGUUCCCUCUUGUUCUCUACUAGCACUAGUGUUCUUCUUAUUACGCCCUAUUCGAACUGAAUUGCUUGCUUUGCUUGCUUGCUUGCUUAUUUCGAGCGAACUCGAACUCCAUUAACUAGCUUCAUCCAUUCCUUCCGGUUUUCCAUGAUGUUCUUCAGUUCAGCAAUGCUCAAACCAGUAUCAUUUUGCAGCUGGUCUACGUAUGUUAAUGCUGGUCUUCCUCUCUUUCUUGCGCCGUGCUUUGGUUCCCAGAGUAGUAAAUCACUUAUCACCUCAUCCUUUUUUCUCCAAAAAAGCCACUACACCACACUAACCAUCCACUAUCCACUAGACCACUGAGGAUUUGUUAAAAAAAAACCGUUCCCGACAGGAUUCGAACCUGUAAGCCUCGAGUCCCACCUGGCUGGCUGGACUCAUCGGCCGAAAGCGAGAACAAUUAGAACAAUUAGAUUGAAUUAGAAACUGAAAAUCUUGCUCAAUGUAUUGUGAAAUCAAAUGAUAGGGGAAAAACAUUACCAAGAUAAAAUCACUUGUGCUUUUCACUUUUUCUCUCCGCUACUGCUGUAUAAAGACCACUGAGGAAAGGCUAGUGCGUAUAUUGACUUUCGGGUUUCACGAAGCUAACACUGUAUUACUAUUUUGCAGGUAAUAGGUUUAAAGACUCAAAACUUAAAGCCAGUAUUGUGCAGAGUUUGCGUGAAAAGGGACAUAAUGUCACGGAUAAUAAAGCUUCGGUAACAGAUGUGAAUGGUGUAUCUUAUUUUCAAGAAAAGAUCUCAGCUCAUGCGGACAGUAGAAGAGGCGGAGCACAAGGCAGUGCUCAGUUUUGACUGCUUCAUUGAGUUUUGAGUCGGUAUUUACGUGGCUAUUUUUUCUUUGUCCCUUCCCGUAAGUCCCCGCGCACCUCAACCUAACCCCAUUCUUCUCUCAUGCACAAAACACGUAAGUAGCGACUGGUUACGAUUCUGAAAGAUAGUGGCAAACCACCGCACGGGUAGUGGAAAGACUGUGCUGCCGUUUACGAUUAUUUGAAAUAAUAAUGCAAUAGUCCAUUUUCGAGUUCGCUAUGACCGCUGAAUUAAAGAAGUGAAGACGCAUUUUUUACAGCCUUAGCCUCAAUCUGAAGUAUUAUAUUCACAAAUUCCAACGAGAAAAAGACCUGUUUAUUACUCAGACUAUUGUGUAUAUUCAAAUUUCAAACACUUACUUGCCAGAAUUUGUGAAUAUUUUACUUUACGUCGAGGCUAACCCUGUAUGAAUGUGUCGUUAAUGUUAAUAUUCAGCGGUAAUUUUUAAUUCGAAACUGGACUAUUCAAAUAUUUAAUGUGUGGGAUAGAGAUCUUCAACUGUUACUCCUUAAGUUGUGUACAUAACUGCGAUAAUUAUGUUGCUUCCUUUUGAACAUUUUAAUUUAAAUUAUUUGCAGUUCUUGUGUAUCCUGCACAGAUAUAUUACGAAUAUGAAACAUGACUAGGAGGGCUUACCAUUUGUAUGGAAAACCCGGAAAUUCUGGGGAGAAUUCAAAUGGGACGGUUCAUCCCCGUGGAAAUUUAUUUUUAGGUAUUACCUUUUUACCGAAACGACCGAAAUAUUCUGUACCAUUUGUGUGGAUUUCUAGUGCCAGGCUUCAUGUCGAGAGAAAGCGAAAAAUUUGCCCUUAUUUUGUAAAUGGUACAACAUCAAUGCCGUUCCUAUUUUCGGUGCCAAAAACAAUACAGGUACCAUUUGACGGAAACUUUUCACCGAAAUCUCCGUACAAAUGGUAAGCGCUCUAGUACUACACGUAGUCUGAGCGAGUUCGUCUCAGGUACGUCACUAGGGAGCUUAAGCAACUACGACGGCGAUGGCAGCGAAGACGGCAAAAAAGCAAUAGGGUUAGACUGGCAAAACAACAACCCUGCACGUGCAUCACGCUUUUUUGUACAUUUCUUUGCCAUCAAUGCACGUCUACAACGUAAACUUCCUAAUUUCAUGUUUUGUGGAGGACGGGAACACAAGACAACGAUUUUCUUUUUCUUUUGUGAAGCUAGAUAUAGUCCUUUACCAUCCUACGACAAAGUGGAAGAGUUGGAAUAAGCGAUGAAGUUUAAAACAGCGCGAAUUCUUUUUUUGGGUGACGUUUUCGCUGCCGUUGCCGUCGUCGUUGUUUAAGGUCCCCGUACAGGGACUAGCUAGGCAAUAAUUCAAUU